AUGCUUUUUAUACAUGUCACGUUGGGUCCUGACCGUACCAAGGAGAAAAAGGAUCCGUUUGUAAUGGCCACUCUGCGUAUUUCAAAUUUACGACAUAAGCGAAUCAAGGAAUUCAUUGAAGUUCUUUGGCUCGCGGCGAUUGAAAGAGACGUCAACUCGUUUCAGCAUCCCACCCUUUUCAGAUUCACUCCGCUUUUGAACCAAAGACCACAAUUUCGCUUCGGAAAAACUCGCGCAACGGCUCCCAUCGCAUUGAAAUUCUUCGAGCAUAGGGCACAGACAAUCGGAAUUUUCGCCGGAUGGAGUGAGGCGAUCAAUGACUUCGUCAUCGACGACAAAUCGACCGGAGUAGUUGGUGAUAUGGAGGUGGAUGAGAAGUGGGACCUAUUCGAGGAAAGCAAAAAGUUCAUCCCGAGUUAA